AUGAAGAUUCGAACCAAGCACUCACCUUUGAUCCUUCUUCUCCUCCCCGCCGUAGCGAACGCUCUAUCCUCCCACGACGUUACCGAUAUACCUGGCCCUGCUACGAUUCCGGAACAGACUGAUGUCCUUCCUCAAGCUGGUGUGAAGCGCCAUGAUGUUCCUACAAAGGACGCCCCUGUCGACGGUAGGGAUGGAAAGCCUCAUCAUGGACCUUUUAUCGAGACAGAGGAUCACAGAAAACCAGCUGAGGCUAUACCUGAUACGGGAUCUGGUGCUGCAGUCGGCUCUGGCUCAGCUCCUGGCACUGGCACCGGUGCUAAUAUUGAGUCUGAAGCCGGAAUCAAUGCUGCGACCAAGGCCGAUGCCAGCCCUGACUCUCUUCCCGAGCUGAAGGGUCGACCAAAUGACCCUACUGUAGUCGACGGUGAAAAGAUCCCCGAAUCCAACGACGGCGUCAUGUUCGACAAGGCCCGCGUUCACGCCCAAGAGGGUACCACUGGCACCGAGGGCGGUGUGACAGAGCGAUACAAAGCCCGAAAGCUUGAAGAGGACCUGGCAGGCGAGGAAACAUUCAGGAAACCCUCAUCGCCAAAGGAGGCACCCCCUUUGCCACACAGCGAAGAAGAAAAGAUCCGUGCUUCUGAAGGAGAAAAGACAGAGGACGAUACCACUGGUGGAAAGGCAGAUGACGUGAUUCCCAAGCCUGCGAAGCCCGUCAUUAGUAAAGACGAGGAUCGCGACUACACUGCAGGAUUAGAGAAGCCAGCCGACCUCCCUGACCGCCCCCUCGGACAAAACAAACCUGUGCAAGAUCCUGCAAAGGCACCGCCGGUUGACUUGAGCCGAGGAACGACACACGAUGGACCCCAUGACGAAGAGAGCAUCAUCCAACCAUUCCAUUCUUUCGUGCUCUCCUUUACUAUGAUCUUGGUGUCCGAGAUUGGAGACAAGACGUUUCUGGUUGCAGCUCUCAUGGCGAUGAAGCACGACCGCAUGGUUGUCUUCACCGCCGCCUUUGGCGCUCUCCUUGUAAUGACUGUUCUUUCCGCUGUUCUGGGCCAUGCUGUUCCUACAUUGAUCCCCAAACGCGUCACUAGCUUCCUUGCUGCGGGUCUUUUCUUCGUUUUUGGCGCAAAACUGAUGCGGGAGGGCAUGCAAAUGGACCCCAACGAGGGCGUUUCUGCUGAGAUGCAUGAGGUCGAACAAGAGCUUGCCGAGAAGGAGAAGGAAAUGGGCCGUAAGCGGGGUGAUUCCGUUUCCGCCUACACUCUGGAGAUGGGCAUGAAUGGUAAUGGCCGAAGGUCACGACCCAGCAAUCGUCUUAUGUCACCUCCUCGAUCGCCUUCCCAGUCUCCUGUUAGAGACUCGCGCUCCGGUUCGGGUGCUGUCUCCAGCGUUGUUCAGGGUGCCACCAACCUUUGCUCGUUGCUCCUUAGUCCUGCUUGGGUGCAGACCUUUAUCAUGACUUUCCUUGGCGAAUGGGGUGAUCGAAGCCAGAUUGCUACUAUUGCCAUGGCUGCUGGUCAAGACUACUGGUGGGUGACUCUGGGUGCUACGUGUGGCCAUGCCAUCUGCACUGGUGUUGCUGUCAUUGGUGGCCGUGCUAUAGCUGGCCGAGUCAGUCUGAAAGUUGUCACUGUUGGCGGUGCCACCGCUUUCCUUGUUUUUGGUGUCAUCUACCUCCUCGAGUCUCUUUACAGCUAG